AUAAAUCAAUUUUGAUUGUCUUCGUAUUGACAUUGAUUGGAACCUUUUGCAAAGAGCAAGCAUCAACAACCUUAAUUGUUUGCAUUUUUCACGAAUCACUAUUUAAAUACAAUUUACGAUCAAAGAUACUCCAAAAUACUGACCGAUGGGUUAAUUGGGUAAAAAGUAAUUUCAACUUGAGAAAUAUCACCAAUUCCAAUGGAAAACAGUCUAACUGUAAAUUAUCAUCUUCUUCAUCAUCAAUGGUUCCUCAAUCAAAAAGUUCUUGUGCCUUUUAUGCAAAUAUCUUUUACUUUUCCAUGGGUUUCAUGACAAUUUCCUGCCUUCGAUUUGCCAUCAUGAACAAUAAGCUUCCCUCCUUCAACAGACUAGAUAAUCCAGCUCGUAUAUUAACAUCACCUUAUCGACAGCUUAACUAUGCUUUUAUUUGGUCUUAUAAUUGUUGGCUUUUACUUUAUCCGGUCAAUCUAUCAUGUGAUUGGUCAUCAACAUCAAUUCAACUAAUCGUCUCACUGAUUGAUCCAAAAAAUAUCCUUACACUUUUACUAUUCAUCUCAUUAACAGUUAUCCUAUUGAAAGGUGAUACAAUCACUUGGAUGGCAAUGGGAUUCAUGGUGAUCACAUUUUUACCCGUAUCCAAUAUAUUUUUCCCGGUGGGUUUUGUUAUCGCUGAAAGGGUUUUAUAUUUACCAUCAAUGGGUUUCUCAAUGAUACUUGCCCGAGGGUUUAUUUUACUUUACUCAUCAAUUAUCAUCAAAAGUAAAAGAUGGAUACAAUUAACAUUUUAUUUGCUCACAAUCGUAUUCCUAUCAAGUUUAACAAUCAAAACAACCCACCGCUGUAGUGAAUGGAAAAAUGAGUUAUCAUUAUUUACUUCCGGGUUGAAUGUUAAUCCAGGUAAUGUGAAACUAUUGAACAAUGUUGGCAGAUUAUACGAGGAUCAAGGUAAUCUUGCUUUGGCUUUAAGUUACUAUGAGAAAUCAGUUACAAUUGAGCCAGAUGAUGUUCGAGGCUACCUGAAUUUAGGUAAAGCAUUGACCAAAAUCGGACGUUUACCGGAAGCGGAAAUGUUUUACCGUAAAGCGUUGGAUUUGAUACCAAAAUCAAGCAGGUCAACAUCACCUCUCAAAAAUUCAAAUGAUAUUUCUGAAAAUAUUGAUCCCUUACCUGUGGAUAAGUUGUCAGCAAAUUCAUACCUUGCUCCAUCAUCAUCAGUAUCUUCCUUAAUUGCUGAUAAACCUAUUGAGCAACAAAAUACUGAUCAAAGUAAAAUAAUUGGAAGGUUAUCUUUCCCUGUUUAUGAGAGACUGGUCAACCAAGGGACCAAUACUGACCAUAAUGAUUAUACCCUGAUAGACUAUAAUGAUGCCGUUAAUGAAUCAAAAACAACAACAACAAUUACAACUGAUAACAACUUAUCUUCAUCAAUUACAUUAAAUCAUUUACAGGGUUUGCUUAAUUAUGCCUCACUUAUAAGUCGAGAUGAAUCUCGUCUUGAUGAGGCCAAUCGGAUGUUUCUAACUAUCGCCUCCCUGAGACCAGAUUAUUCAGCAACAUAUUCAACAUGGAUUCAAUCCAUGAUCAAUGCUGGUUCUGUAAAUAAUAACAAAAAUCAUAAUGAUAACGAUAAUGACGCAACCACCAUCAAUGGUAAUCAAUUCAAUGAUGAAACAAUUUUAUCUCAAUUUACCUUAAACAAUAAGCAAACGGAUCCAAAUAUUUUGUACAAUAUGGCGAUAUUAUUCAAUAACAAUGGAAACCUUGAAAAUGCUCUCAAUUUAUUUGAUCAAAUUCUUAAAAUUGAUCCUUAUCAUCAAGAAACUUUAUCAACAUCAGCUCGAAUAAUUAAAGAUAAUGAAUUAAUUGGUGACUAUUUAACAAUUGCAAUUGAAAGACUCGAGACUCUUGUCUCAAUGGGUAAAGCAGAUGAAACCGUUUACUUUGACCUGGGAAUGCUGUCCAUCAGGUCAGGAUCAAUGGCCACUGCAAGAAAACAUUUCGCCAAAGCGAUCGAGUUGAAACCAAAUUUCACUGAGGCUUUAUUCAAUAUGGCAUUACUAUUGUACAAGGAGGAUCAACCUCAAGAUGCUUUACCAUUUCUCAAGUUCAUCUUAAAGACUGAGCGGACACAUGGAAAAGCUUUACUAUUAAUGCUCGCCAUCAAUUCAAGUACCAAUGAGGUCGACGAUCAAAGUGGAUCACUUAAAGUUCAACAAUUACCUUCAUCUUCAUCUCCAGAGUCCAAAGAGUUUUUUGGCGCUCAAUCAAAUUCAAAUACAUUCUAUACAUAGAAAUUAAAAAGAAAGAGAGACAAAUAAGAGAAUGAUUUUCAAUAUAUAAUUUUAUACACACCAAAUGGUUAAGAAGAAUGUAAAUUCAAUUAGAUUAAUUGUGAAAAGGAUUCAAUGUAAUUUUUGACCGAUUUAAAUAAUCAAACAACUAAAGAAAGUAAAUUACACAGUAAACUCAGUGCCAUCUAUUGAGGCCUCUUGUAACUUCUGCUCGAAAAAAAUGAAU